CUUUCAUUUCUCCCCAAAAAUUUUUACGGUGUAGCUUUAAUCCAUCGCCCUCUUCGCUUAUUCUAGCCAGAACUCCAAAUCCCUAAAGUAGUUGCUUCCAACCUCGGGAAGCUAAUUCCUUCGAUUUCUUUCCCUGUUAUAACCAAAACACUAGGUCCACAGAGUUGCAGCUUCUGACCAGAGCUCUAGGUCGCCGUCUCGACGCUCGCCGUUCAAGUUCCCAGCCACUGCCGCUGUCUAUUUCCGACGAGUUACUCAGAAAGUUAAGCCCAGAGAGCAAUGGUUCCUUGUAGAUCUGGUCGACGGGCAUCUUAUCCCAUUUGUUAUCAUCCUUUCUUGCUAAGUGAACAACGCGAUAUUCUUCUUCGCCUACGUCAAAAGGGGAACCUUUCAGAACUGACCUUAAGGAUUCGGAGACAGAGACGGAGACUGCCAUGGAUCUGCUUGUAUUCUAAGCUUUACACUGAUUGCCUGCAAUAAUUGAGAGCGAUUGUCAGCCGCGCGCACGACCUCCUCUCCCUUUUGCGCUCUCCUUCAUACAAGGAAGCCAGAUUUGUUUCUCAACGAUCCUUGCUUUCAGUAUUUAUUUAACGACGAAGGGCAAUAACAGGUGAGUAAUGAGAUUGGACAGAACACAGAUGACAUUAACAAUGAUGUCCGGAACAAUGGUCAGUGUCUUUCUAAAGGAAUCAAAGGUAACGUGCCUGAAGUGGGGAUGAAGUUUACAAGCAUUGAAGAAAUCCGAGAACACUAUCUGGCUUAUGCUCGAAGUGUAGGAUUUCCAUGCACAUAAACUGAUGUAAACCUGAUGUAACUCUGUCUUUACAUACAUUAAGUCUCUGUGAAGUGUGUAACAUAGACAGUUAUUCCAUGUGAGCACCAUGAAAUCUAAUGUAUUCAUUUUAACUUUCUUUUUACCUUUACAAGACCCCCACAUAUGUGAUAAGAUUCUGAAGAUGGUGUAUGUGCAUAAAGUUAUGCAACUCUGUUGCCACAUACAUUAAAUCUCUGUGUAAUGA